UAGCAUCUAUCUAUUCUAUCUAUGAAUCACUAAGCAGUAGGCCGAGUGAGUGUGGGAGGCAUCGAUUAGGGAAAAAGAGGCACAACAUUUUUCACAUAAAAAAACGAAAGCCAUUUUCACCCACCCAUCAUCCAACCACCACCACCUCUCUAAUAGACCCAGCAAAAUACUGACCCUGACCUUCGUGCGUAAACUUCCCCCACUCUUAUUUUUAAGAGUGGUGAGAUACAGAGUCAUCAGGCAUAGCAUGCAAAAUAUCUUAUACAAAACUCUACCCUAGAAAUAGUCUCAUGGAAGUGCUUUGUUCUGGUGUUCAAUAUGCUGGGGAGUCUGAUUGUGCUCAGCAGAGUUCAGGAACUGCUUUUGUAUAUCAAGAAGAAACUAAUUGUGCAGAAAGUGGUGGGCAAGACAAACUGGUAGCUGGUCUGCUGAACGAAUCAUCACAUAAAAUGCAAGGGCCUCAAAUAGAAAGGCAAGGUGGUUUGUCAACUAAUUCAGAUUGCCAAUGCAUUGGAGCUUCAUGUUGUGACUGUCAAGUGGAUGAUCAAAAUGAAUAUUGUGGUUUCCAUGAUUUUGAAGAAGACAUUAUGAAUGAACCUUGUUUAACAUCUGACAACUCUAUCUCUGUUGUUGAUACAAUUGAAAGUGAAUCACCAAACAACAGUCGGGAAGGAGACUUGUCAUGUUCUGAACCCAAGUGGCUUGAGGGGGAUGGAUCAGUGGCAUUGUGGGUCAAGUGGAGGGGGAAGUGGCAGGCUGGUAUCCGGUGUGCAAGGGCUGACUGGCCGUUAUCAACGUUGAAAGCAAAACCAACACAUGAAAGAAAGAAAUACUUUGUUAUAUUCUUUCCACACACAAGGAUUUAUUCUUGGGCAGACAUGCUGCUCGUUAGAUCAAUUAACGACUUUCCCCAUCCCAUUGCAUAUAAGACUCAUCAGGUGGGACUCAAAAUGGUUAAAGACUUAACUGUAGCACGGCGGUUUAUUAUGCGAAAGCUGGUUGUUGGCAUGCUGAACAUGGUCGACCAGUUUCCUUUUAAUGCUUUGACAGAAACUGCUCGUGAUAUGAAGGUCUGGAAGGAGUUUGCCAUGGAGGCUUCUCGUUGUAAUGGUUAUUCUGAUUUUGGGAGAAUGCUUCUAAAGCUGCAUAGUAGCAUACUGCAGCACCAUAUAAAUGUUGACUGGUUCCGGCAUUCUUAUACCUCUUGGACUGAAAGAUGUCAGAGUGCCAAUAGUGCUGACUCAGUGGAGCUACUGAAGGAGGAAUUGUUUGAUUCUAUUUUGUGGAAUGGGAUCAAUACUCUCUCUGAUGCACCAGUGCAAUCAACAUUAAGUUCUGAAUGGAAAACCUGGAAGCAUGAUGUAAUGAAAUGGUUUAUGACACCACCUUCCUUAUCGAUCAGCAAAGACACACAGCAACAGAGUUAUGAUGAUUUGUUCCCAGCAAACCUUCAGGUUUGUAGAAAAAGGGCCAAGCUUGAAGUUCGUCGUGCAGAUACACAUGCUUCACAAGUGGAAAUCAAGGCUCAAACUGUUGCUCUUCAGGCUGACCCUGGCUUCUUUAAGAAUCAGGGCAUAUUGAGCACAUUAGCAGAUGAGUCUUGCAAACAGGAAGGUGUUAGGGAGGUGUCUAUGGCAGCUGAUUCACCUGGUCAUUUGGUCGAUAAAUGGAAUGGAAUUGUAGUUGAGAAUACUGAUCCGCAUUUUUUGCAUACCACACCUACAAAGGAAAUGACUGUUGCAAAAUCUGUAGAAUCUGGUAGUAAGAAUCGACAAUGCAUAGCUUAUAUUGAAGCAAAGGGAAGACAGUGUGUGAGAUGGGCAAAUGAUGGUGAUGUGUACUGUUGUGUACAUCUAUCUUCCCGAUUUUUGGGGAGCUCAACGAAAACUGAAAAGCCUGUUCCACUUGAUACUCCUAUGUGUGAAGGUACUACUGUUCUGGGUACUAGAUGUAAGCAUCGUGCCCUACCUGGCUCUUUAUUCUGUAAGAAACACCGGCCACAUGCUGAAACAGAGCAGAUCUCAAAUAUACCACAGAAUACACUAAAGAGAAAACAUGAAGAAAAUUAUACCGGUUCAGAGGGCAUUCUCUCGAGAGACUUGGUAUUAGUCAAUGUUGAAAGUCCACUGCAAAUGGAUCCAGUGUCAUCCAUUGGUGGUGAUUCCGUCUAUGGAGAAAACAACUCUAAUGAGAAGCCCAUGCAUUCUGAACAUUAUCAUAAUGCAAUGGAGUCACUGCAGUGUAUAGGUUCCCCUCCCUAUGAUAAGAUGAAUCCUUGCAGGGAAGGUCCUAAACGGUAUUGCUUGUAUUGUGAAAGUCACCUCCCUAGUUGGCUUAAGCGUGCAAGAAAUGGGAAGAGUAGAAUAGUAUCAAAAGAAGUGUUCACAGAACUUUUGAGGGACUGCAACUCAUGGGAGCAAAAGGUACAUCUGCAUAAAGCAUGUGAACUUUUUUACAGGCUUCUUAAAAGCAUUUUGUCAUUAAGAAACCCUGUUCCUAAGGAUGUCCAAUUUCAGUGGGCUCUGACUGAAGCCUCUAAAGAUUCUAGUGUAGGAGAGUUUUUUAAAAAGUUAGUUCACAGUGAAAAGGCCAGAAUCAAAUCAUUAUGGGGAUUCAAUGAUGACAUGGAUAUAACUUCUGUUAUGGAAGAACCUCCUCUCUUGCCAUCCACAAACGAUGAUUACUAUGAUAAGGAAAAUGCCAUUAAGUGUAAGCUAUGCUCUGCAGAAUUUCCUGAUGACCAAGAGCUUGGUAACCAUUGGAUGGACAGUCAUAAAAAGGAGGCACAGUGGCUAUUUAGAGGCUAUGCAUGUGCCAUUUGUCUGGAUUCAUUUACUAACAAGAAACUGUUGGAAACGCAUGUUCAGGAGAGGCACCAUGUGCAAUUUGUUGAACAAUGCAUGCUUCUCCAAUGCAUCCCUUGUGGGAGUCAUUUUGGAAAUACCGAACAAUUAUGGCAGCAUGUUUUAUCAGUUCAUCCUGUUGAUUUUAAACCAUCAAAAGCUCCUGAGCAGCAAACUUUAUCUACUGGUGAAGAUUCUCCAGUAAAUCGUGAUCAGGGUAAUUCAGCCCCUUUGGAGAAUAAUUCUGAGAAUACAGGUGGUUUUCGGAAAUUUGUUUGCAGGUUUUGCGGGUUGAAAUUUGAUUUACUACCUGACCUAGGUCGACAUCACCAAGCUGCUCAUAUGGGGCCUAAUCUGGCCAGCAGUCGCCCUGCAAAGAGGGGAGUUCGAUAUUAUGCUUACAGAUUAAAAUCUGGCAGACUUAGCCGCCCAAGAUUUAAAAAAAGUUUGGCAGCAGCAUCAUACAGGCUUAGAAAUAAGGCUAAUGCUAAUUUAAAGCGAAGCAUUCAGGAAACAAAUUCACAUGGCACAGGGGGAAUAACCGGGCAACCUCAUGUUGCUGAAACAACAAACAUUGGUAGAUUGGCAGAACAUCAAUGCUCAGCUGUUUCAAAGAUUUUGUUUUCAGAGAUUCAGAAGACGAAACCUCGUCCAAACCAUCUUGAUAUUUUAUCAAUCGCUCGCUCUGCUUGCUGCAAAGUUAGUCUUGUAGCAUCAUUGGAGGAGAAAUAUGGAAUUCUUCCUGAAAAGCUCUAUUUGAAGGCAGCAAAACUUUGCAGUGAGCAUAAUAUUUUGGUAAGUUGGCAUCGGGAGGGUUUUAUUUGUCCUAGUGGUUGUAAUGUAUCAAAGGGUCAAGUUUUGCUCUCUCCUUUAGAGUCUCUUCCUAAUAGUUCUGUAAUGCCCAAAUCUGGGAAUUCAACUGAUCCUACAAGUGACGAGUGGGAGGUGGAUGAAUUUCACUGCAUCAUCAAUUCACGAACUUUAAAGUUAGGUUCACUGCAAAAAGCUGUAGUCUUGUGUGAUGACAUUAGCUUUGGGAAGGAAUCAAUUCCAGUGAUUUGUGUGGUAGAUCAAGAACUUGUGCAUUCUCUUCAUAUCAAUGGCUGUAAUGGACAAAAUAUAAACCCUUCUCGGCCUUGGGAGAGCUUUACCUAUGUUACAAAGCCAAUGCUCGAUCAAUCCCUCAUUCUUGAUUCAGAGAGUCUGCAACUGGGAUGUGCCUGUCCAUACACCACCUGCAGUCCUGAAACAUGUGAUCAUGUUUACCUUUUCGGCAAUGACUAUGAUGAUGCAAAAGACAUAUUUGGGAAACCAAUGCGUGGCAGGUUCCCAUAUGAUGAGAAUGGUCGAAUAAUCCUGGAGGAAGGUUAUCUUGUCUAUGAGUGUAAUCAAAUGUGCAGAUGCAAUAAAUCCUGUCCAAAUAGAGUAUUGCAGAAUGGUGUACGAGUCAAAUUGGAAGUCUUUAAAACAGAGAAAAAGGGAUGGGCAGUAAGGGCUGGUGAAGCUAUUCUACGUGGCACAUUUGUGUGUGAAUACAUUGGAGAAGUUUUAGAUAUGAAAGAGGCACAUGAUAGGCGUAGAAGCUAUGGCACAGAGCAUUGCAGUUAUUUCUACGACAUUGAUGCUCGUGUUAAUGAUAUGAGCAGAUUGAUUGAAGGACAGGCUCAGUAUGUAAUUGAUGCUACUAAAUUUGGAAAUGUUUCAAGAUUCAUCAAUCAUAGUUGUACCCCAAAUCUGGUCAAUCACCAAGUUCUUAUAGAGAGCAUGGAUUCUGAACGUGCACAUAUCGGUUUUUAUGCAAAUCGGGAUAUUGCUUUAGGUGAAGAGCUAACAUAUGACUAUCAGUACGAGCAUGUGCUUAGUGAAGGAUCUCCUUGCCUUUGCGAAUCCUUGAAGUGUAGGGGGCGCCUUUAUUAGAACCUGAAUCUGUGCAUUAUUGCAACAAUAUUUUUAGAUUGUCAAUUUGGCAGACAAAUUAUAUGCUCAACAUAAAAGAUUCCAAUUUGGAACGGCCCAACCCGGAAGUGUUUAUUUGAUUUGAUGUCUUCCAACAAAUGAGGAAAAAUCAAUCACCUGGGGCAGGCAACUUAUGAGGAAUCAUCUAUAAUUUACUCUGGCCGUCUCUGGUAAUGUGACAGUAUUCAAGUGAUUUUUGCAUUGAUUGCCAUGUACAAUCGUUCUGUAUCCCCUCUGGAAGAGUAGGCAUGUUUUUGAAGCUUAGUGCACAAUUGUUUCGUUUUCUCUUGCUUUAUUUUCCAACAUUUCACUCUAGUGCCUGAUCUCAUGAAAUAAUUUGGCAAUUCCUCAUUCCUUUUCUCCUUUCGUUACCCUUCCACCAUCACCAAGAAAGGAAAUCCCCAAAAGAAGUUCAGCGGAAAAAAAAAUGGCUGUUAUCAAAGCUGUCUGGAUUGGCAAUUGGUAUUUUCUCCAUUUUUAUGACAUGGUUCUUAAUUUCUUUAGCAGUUUCAGGAUUGUAAAUAUUUUAGCAUUUAACUUAUUCUCUUUUCCUUUUCA